AUGGCUUCUACAACAGCCGGGGCUGGUGAGGGCGCAGCUCCGCAGCUACCAGUGAUAGAAAUCGGCCAGAACCAUAACGAAAUCCCACCGGUUGUCAGCGAUGCUGAAAAGAAAGAAGAAGGAAGACCUUUAACACCAGGUUCCAGUGCGAACGUCUCUCUCAAUGAAGCAGUUGGAAGACCAGAACACACAAAUGAGGCACCUAGCAUCAACGUCAUUGAUCCGCACAAUAAUACCAUUGAAGAGAUACCAGCAUACCUUCCGGCCGCAGCCGUAGACAACGGAAAUGCCAUCUUCAAUGCUACACCAGCUCUCGCCUCAGAUUCUGACAACGGAAGCAGCGCUCUCGCAGCUCCUCCAGCUUAUGAAAAACUGGCACAGAAAAAUCCGAAACCAACAGAUCACCUCUCCAUCACCAUCGGUCCGGCUGUUAUCCUCCUCUCCGAUAUCGUCUUCCCAUGCAUAAUAUACUACGUCUGGUUCGACAUUCAUCGCGCCCGCUGGGCCAAAUCCUGCGAAGCAUACCCCAAAAACGAAUGUCCACUCGAAAAACCAGAAUACGACAAAGACAUUCUCGGCUAUGCCAUCAUCUGUUUCGGAUUCGGCGAACUCUACAUCCUGAUCGUGCGCGUCUUACGGCUUCUCAAGUAUCGCGAUCUCUGUGCUCCGCUGCUCUCAAGAUCUAAAUGGGAAUUGGAUGCCACGUCCUGGGUAUAUGGUGUUUCGAUGCUGAUGGCUCUCAUCCCGUUUGUGGUGGGAAGCGAACUCGAGAUUCCGGAGCUGUAUCUCUAUUCUCCGGGCUUCCUGAUGAGUUUCCUCGGUAUCGUCAUGGUGAUCUCCCUCAUCCCGUUCAAGAUUCCUAUCGGGAUUAAUUCUCACGCGCGGGGCUCUCCCAUGCGUCCAUUUAUAUACUAUGCGGCGGAAGAUUUCAUCGCGGUUGAUGGUCUGCAAGACCGAGAGUUUCGAGUGCGAUAUAAUGCACGAUAUGAUUCUUCGCCGGGGUUUCGAAGAAUGUUUUUACAUCUGACGCUGUGGUGGAUUUUUGGCGUCAUGGUUUAUCUGGGUAGUUUGAGCGCGGUCAUUUGGUCGCUGGAAUUUCAUUAUGCGUUUGGGUUGUCGUUGGGGGUGCUGUUUGCUUAUUUGGCUAUUUGGGCGACGACGAGUUAUUUUUGGGUCGAUCGAGUAAUGAAGAAGGAACGGAGAGCGUAUGAGGAGAGGGUGGCGAAAUUUUGA